AUGUCUAAACGGGCCUCUACUCAGACCCCCCAAGCUGGUGGCCUGGGUAAAGGCAAGGGCAGCAAAGGCCUAUCAAAUGUUGAACACUACACUCGUCCACCCGGUUGGCGGAAGCCGCAAUGUCCUCGAUGCGCAUACCGGGCUGCCAUGGUGGGAAGGAUUUUCCGGAAAUGUCUUCCCUCGGGCGAUGCUGCCCUUAUAAGAGCCUUCGAAAUCAUCGGAGAGCUUGCAUGUACAGCCCCGGUCGGACAGGAACAAAGCGGGACCCAGUGUGACUGCUGUCGUACCCAAGAUCGCGGUGUCGAGUUCCACUACCCGCCUGGGAGAGGCUUUGAAGAAUCGAGCCACAGAGUAUGGAAGAGUAUGGUUGAAUUCGCUGGCCACUGUAUCACUUUGGAUGCGAAGCCCGGCUUGUGGGAAACUGGACUCAUAGAAGUUGAGGAAGCAUCCAGAGACUUCUUGGAUCGAUGGAAUGAUGUCCAUAAGCAAUACGGCAAAGAUCUGUUGCAGAUGAGCCCUCAAGAGUUGAAGGAUAUGGGAUGCACAUCCGUUGUAUCCUACAACAGCGCCGGGAACCCCGUGGAAGCAACUGCAACAUCAUCAGCCGGACCCCGUGUUGGUCUGGAUGGUGUCCUGGACGAAGUUAAAAACAUGGAAAACGGCCUCAAACAGCUUAUUAUCGAAUUUCGGAAACAUGCCGAGAACACGAAGACGGAAGUCGAGGUCAUCAACGACACUAUGGGAGUGCUGGAAGCUGACUUUGCGAAACUACAAAUUCAGGACAGGGAGGCCGCCAGUAUGUCGGAUGGUCAAUCGGAGAAACUCAUGAAGGAGAUCAAGGAGUUGGCGCAGUUUGUCCACGCCCAGGGUAAAGUGCUCUCGGCGGUGAAGAUUCAGGUAGACCGGCUUGCUAUCAAAUUCAGCCAAGUACUGUCUGCGGCGGCCCCGAACACGGCGAGUACUAGCGAGGAAGAGAGCGAGUAG